UCUCUCUCUGUGUGUGUGUGUGUGUGUGUCUCUCUCUCUGUGUGUGUGUGUGUCUCUCUGUGUGUGUGUUUGUCUCUCUCUCUCUCUGUGUGUGUGUGUCUCUCUCUCUCUCUCUCUCUCUGUGUGUGUGUGUGCGUGUGUCUCUCUCUCUCUCUCUCUGUGUGUGUGUCUCUCUCUCUCUCUCUGUGCGUGUGUGUGUGUGUGUGUAGCAGUGCUCCAGCGAGAGCUGCUGGUGUCUGGUGAGCGUCAGCAGGUUCUUCAGGCAGAGAUGGAGGAUCUGUCGGUGCGUGUGUGUCAGAAGGAGCAGCUCUGUGUGGAGCUGAGCAUCAAACAUGAACAACUUCUGGAGCGGUUUCAGAAACAGCAGGAACAGGCCGAUCUCCUGCAGCAGCGUUUGAUCUCUGUGACAGAAGAGCGCUGGAGGGACGCCUCACUGCAGUCUCUUCAGCUGGAGCAGGUGAGCUGUGAUUUACAGCAGCUGCAGGGCUCAGAAAAGCAGCUCAUGGGCCUGGUGGACGAGCUGCACCAGGAGGCCCAGCUCAGAGCCCAGCAGACCGAGGUCUUGGAGACGCAGCUCCACGAGGAGACUCAGAAAAUACAAGAUCUAGAGAUGCAGCUAAACAGCAAAUCUCUCGAGCUGAUGGAACUCCAGAUGUCCCAUGAAGCCCUGCGGCAGGAUCUGCAGGAUCAGCGCAGCGCCCACCAGAGGACGGUGGAGGAACUGCGGCGCGAGAACUCGGAGAGUCUCGGCAAACUCCGUGAAACAGCCGAACAGUUCGAGUGGCUCUGCGAGCAGCAGCGGAGAUGGAUGAGCUGCGUCAAGAGGUUUAAGGACUGUCUGUCAGGUGAGAAGGAGUCCCUGGAGCUGCAGGUGAACAGGUUACAGAUGGAGUUGGAUACUGUCAGGAAUAAUGUGCAUUUCAAUCGUUCCACAGAAUCCUGCAGCAGGAGGGAUGUUGAGCUCCAGGCUGAGGUGGACCGAUGGAAAACACUGUAUGAAGACCUGCUCAAGCUCAGCACACAGCAGAAGGCAGCCGAUGGACACCUCAAACCCCCGUGAGGACCCAAACACAGACGACAGCUUCACAUCACAAACCGAUUGAAAAACCUCUAGUUCUGCUGAAAUCAUUGUUAGUGAAUAUGCAGGGUUUAUGAAAAAAGAGAGCAGUUCAGGUCAAGUUCUUCAUUCUGUUCCUCAUUUGUUCAGGGUCAUCAGAAUUACAAUAAAUGUUGUGCAAUCUAUUGCACUUUUAUGCAGGAUGUUAGAAGUUGUGAGAGUGUUCAGACACUAGAUGGUGAUGUUCUACCUCUGACAGUCACAUUAAACACAGCUUUGACCUCUGACCUCUGAUCCACCUCCACUCUGACCUCAGAGAUGUGUUUCUCAACUAUUUACAUAUAUUAAUAAUAUUAUAUAUUUUUUUGAUGUAUGUAUGUAUGUUUGUAUGUAAUACUACUUCAUUGUGGCUGAUUUGUGGACUGCACCCUAGACCUGCUUCAUUGUCUCUUUUAUUUCCACAGUGGUCAUUUCUGACUGU